GCAUGCAUCCACACGUAUCCGGCGAAAACGAAGACCGUAUUUGCAAACUUUAGAAAACGCUCUACGGAGUGUAAACGUUUGAAAACGCUUUCUAUAGUGCAAAUGUUCGAAAAGACGAUGAAUUUGGAUACACCUGGGUGCAUUGUGGCUGGAACGAUAUGAAAAAGAGACGCAAAUCAGUGAAAUUUGAUAGCGAAGAUGUCGAUCUCGUACGUGCGUAAAACGUGCAUGAAGAAAGCAGCCCUCGAUUCAAUCGGAAACUGUCUGUCAUUGUUAAUGUGUGUACUAUUUUGGUUCAAGGUUAUAAGAGAUAAGUUCCGUACUUAAACUCGACUUAGCAGCCAACAAGUGCAUUUGUUCACAUGAAACUUUCACGACAAGACUGAACACUUCGUCAAGCCUAAGAAGUCUAAGGAGUUUAUCAAAAUUCAUUGAAAAAAUGUUCUACAAAGUAUCUCUCCUGUUGUGUUUUCUUCAACUUGGUAGCGCGUAUGGUGUGUGGCAUGAUGUUGGCAACGCCUGUGUCGGAGCGAGGGACAACAGUUUUGCUGGCAUAACAUACAACGGACCAAGUUCCUUUGUUGAUGCGGUUAAAUUGGUCCACACUUCAGGUUAUGUUUCGAACAGAAUGUCAACAAAAAGAGUCUCACUCUGGGGUGAUCCCAAGUUUAACAAAUCCCUUAACAUUCUCAUCACAGACGACUUGAACCGCAUCCUAUACCCAUCACCCCGACUGACAACCAUAAGCAACUAUGGUUGGUAUACCUUGCCAAAGUACACCGGGUUAUCUCCCAACCUGGUUUUCAGUGAUAGCGGCGCACCCCAGUAUUUCGAGAAAGGCGACAAACUCAGAAUUUGGUAUGGAGAAGAUUGGAGAGGUGGCCGCACAGAACUGGACAACCAUGGCAAAUCCUGCAUGCAUGUCAAAUUUCAUUUGACUGGUUGUAAACAUGGCAUGCCUGCACUUGGUUAAAAUUUAAAAUUUUUGUUACUGUUAAUGACUAUUUGCAAAACAAUUUCUUUAUAAAAAAAAUGU